AUGGAAUAUGCUACAGGUGCUCCUGCGCUACCGCGCUUGUAUUUUCUUAUCCAAUCUACGCUGGAAGAAGGCCCAUUUUCUAUCCUUGGGUUGUCAAAUUCUGAUAUCUUAUAUUUGACCAAAAAGGCCAAAAUCCAAUCUUUGGCAUCAAUUGAACGAAAGAUUUCACCGGAAUCAAAGAAGGAAACGGAAGUAUUUUCUGUGUCUUCGCAAAAAGAUCCUAGGAUCGUUUUUUCUGGCCGAAAGAAGGUGUUUCAGACGUCCCUUAAAAGGCCCGAAACGAACCUUGCUUUAAAAGAACAAAUGCCAAAUUUCUUGAAAGUUUCUGUCGCAUUUACCAAAUUAGCGCCCCAUAUCAUUAAGAUCGUUGCUUCCACAAUAAAUGAGGGAAACCACGAGGCGAAAUCUACUGCUGCUAGCUCAAAAGAUGCCAAAGUUGUCCAUUGGGUCGUUGAGCCUUUUGAAAAUCAAGCCCCCGAAAUUAUAUCACCGAUUUCGGAGCAAGUGCAGUCUUUAUUUGACGAGGUGGAGGGUAUUAUGCAAGUGGCCAGUUCCGAGUCUGAGCCAAAAAAAGUUGUUGAAUCAAUUCCUUCCCCACGACCAGAAGAACCGACGCCUGAACAUUUAGCUUUCGAUGCAGAAGCUCUAUACAAUGUAAAGUUGGCUAUAAAUCAGUUCGAUAUUGAAACAAGAAGGGAAUUUGACAAGUUUCUUAAUCUGCUAAAAAACGUUUUGCAAGGAAUCGUUUCUCCAUUUACGGUUCUUGUAGAAAAAGUUCCAAAAGAGCUUAUUGAGCUGAUGGUUUCUUUUCUCGGGCUGUUGGAAGACAUUGUCGGUCCAAACCAUAUGGACACUUUCAAUCUGAUUAUCAGGUGGGUGAUUUCUGGGGCUAGCUUUCUACUGGAUGAACACAAUCUAUCGAAUGAAGAAUGGUUUGAUAACGGAUCUACACUCAUUAAUGAAGGGAAAUCUCUUUUCAAAGAGAUUUCUUCUUUGUAUAUGGAUCCAUGGCUACAAAAUUGGAUAAAGAGAUUCCGCGAGCAAUUCAAAAAGGGAAAAGAAGAGCUAUCAGCUAGAAUCCCACCUAUCCCAAAGCGCAUAGAUUUUUCAGAGUUCAACAUUUAUACCACGCUUACGAGAGCCAAAGAAUGGUCAAAUUAUAUCUUCUUCGAGCUUCCGCGGUAUUUGAAAGAACUGGCUUGGCAAUUUCCGAUGCUUCUUUUCCCGUUCUGGUUUAAGCGUGCAUUCAAAGGGCCUAUUCCAAGGAUUGAACUGAGACAAAAAAAGUUUCAAGGCUGGAUUGAUAACAUCGAGUCCCUGGUUGGAAGUUGGGAUAUUGCAUUGCAAUCGAUUUCCAAGAUAUAUCCAAAAAAGGAUAAAUGGUCAAAAGAGUCCGUUAUUGAACCAUGGACUCCCGGUUUGAAUCGAAUUCCAGCUGUGGCAGCGGACUCUGAGCCAGUUACAAGAUGGAUUGUCAAUUUGGACAUUUCCAACCUUCUCCUUCGCGAUGCUCGUUACUUUUACAAGUACAAAUCAAGAUGGUUCACUCUUGGAUUUAAAAAGAAGGCGUUUGCCGAUGGCGGAAGAUUGGACAUUGAAAUGGGAAGAAAGAAAAGAAAGGAUGCAUUGAAAAAAAGGGGAAUUUCUAUUAUCUUGGAGCUGGGCGUGCCUGAAAUAUUAGGCUCCCCAAUAAUUUCCCAACCAUCCUCCUCGUCGUUCUGGGGCAUUCUGUUGACUGGCAUUAAAGUUAAUGUCAAUGAUAUCACUCUUCGCGUUAAAUCUGAUAAGCAUCCCAGGAUGUACCCGAUUGUGUUGCCAUUUACAAAUUCUGCAAUCAGAAGAAAUAUGGAAACCUUGAUCAAGGACGAGACGAUCAGACUUAUCAAUGUCCAACCAUCCGCCAUGAAAGCACUCUUUUUGCUUGUUGCUUUUGCGUUGAUUUUCUACACUUUCAAAACUUCGGCCACAAGUAGCAAGUCUUCUAUCGCAGAUGAUGGAACUCUUUUUUCCGAAAGCCGCACUGACCAAAAUAUAGCAAUUGAGGACUAUUUAAAAAAGACUUAUUCCUAUUUGUACCCAACGGAGGAUACCUCUCAAAUUGGCAGCUUUUUGAGCCUUUCGCCAGAAUUGUUUACAAAAGCAAGUGCCAUCAACUCCAAGGGCCCAUUUCAUAAGAUCGUUGCCGGGCUUCCAAACCGCUUUGUUUUGGGACUGAAGAACUACUGGUUCGAGCCUUUGCAUGUUCUUGGGGUUUCUGGUUUCAUAACCACGCCAGACUUUAGUCGUUCUGUUCGCAAUAUUUCCUUUCAAAGGCAAUGGACGUCUGUUUCCAGUUUAGAAACGGCAUCCUUAAUCCUUGAGUUCAUCCCCGAUUUUGAAGCGCCUUCUAUGGGAUUAAUUUUGCUCGUCGAAUUCACUGAUAGACAUAAAGAAGUCGUAUACCAUUCUAUUGCAUAUAAGGAGAUUAUUCAGAUAGUCUCUGCACCCGAUUCUUUAUAUGAUACCCAGACCUUUCUGUUAUUAGUGAUUUUCCUUGGCUUUUUCGGCUUGGCUGUUUCCUUUUUCAAAAGGAAAAUUGCUCAAAAAAGCGUACAUCAAAAGAAAAAAUAA